AGAGAGGAAUGGAAGCCAAGCAGAUUCUUUUUUGGUAAAAAUAAAGUUAUUGCAGUGGGUCUUGGUAGAAAUAAAGAAGAAGAAGUUCAGGAUGACAUUCAUAAAUUAUCUGCAGUGUUAAAAGGAAGCUGUGCAUUAUUAUUCACUGAUUCCAAGGAGAAAGAAGUAGUUGAUUGGUUUGACAAUUUUGAGUAUCAGGACUAUGCCAGAGCAGGAUAUACAGCAACACAAACAAUUGAGUUGGAAGCUGGUCCACUUGCUCAGUUCUCACAUGCAAUGGAACCACAUUUAAGACAAUUGGGAUUGCCAACUAAACUAGAAAGAGGUGUGGUUACUCUUAUUUCAGAUUUCACAGUGUGUAAAGAGGGACAAGUUUUAACACCACAACAAGCUAAAAUUGUGGAAUAUUUAGAGAUUAAAUUAGCUGACUUCAAACUGACACUGGUAGCUGGAUACCAGAAGGGUAAAGGGUUCAAACAGUUUAAAAGUAUAACAAAUGCUAAAACAGAUGGUGGUGAUGAUGCAGAGCAAAUGGAUGAUAAUGAUGAUGCAUAAUAUAAUUCGUUUUACAUGAAAAGGAAUUGUUCAUGUAUUGAUUUCCAAUUCCAAAGUUUAUAUCCGAUAGGAAAUAAAAGAUACAUUAACAUAAA